AUAAAAGAAAAGGAAAAAAGAAAAAAGAAGUUAAAAAAACAGAAUGUCAUUGGUUUCACAUCUCUUCCCCAAGCUCUCCGUGCUUCCCCACAUUUCUCUCCUCUGCCACGGCCACCGCCUCGGCUUAGUUCGCCGCCGUUCAACGCUCCUCAUUCGCCGACGCCCUCCCGCCUCUUUCCUCUCUCCACCUUCACCACUCGCCGGCCACUCUCGCCACGGCCGCCGGAGAGUUUCCAUGGACUCUGCUUCACCGGAGGUUUCGGCUUCGGUUGACUCCGUGGCGGAGGGUUUAAAGAAUCAAAGCUUGAACAGUGACAAUCCUGGCGAUGGAGGUAGUAGCGUCAAGCACGAGGCCAAAAAGAAACUCGAAGAUCUGAACUGGGACAAUUCAUUUGUCAGAGAGCUGCCUGGUGAUCCCCGUAACGAUAUCAUUCCACGAGAGGUAUUACAUGCAUGUUAUUCAAAUGUAUUACCUUCAGUUGAAGUAGAAAGUCCUCAGCUUGUUGCUUGGUCAGAAUCGGUUGCCGAUUUACUAGAUUUGGACCCUCAAGAAUUUGAAAGGCCAGAUUUCCCCCUCUUGUUCUCUGGCGCAACUCCAUUAGUUGGAGCGUCGCCUUAUGCUCAGUGUUAUGGAGGCCACCAGUUUGGCAUGUGGGCUGGACAGUUGGGUGAUGGCCGAGCAAUAACACUUGGGGAAAUAAUUAAUUCACGAUCUGAAAGGUGGGAGUUGCAGCUAAAAGGUGCUGGGAAGACUCCAUACAGUCGGUUUGCUGAUGGCUUGGCCGUGCUACGAAGUAGCAUCAGGGAGUUCCUUUGUAGUGAAGCAAUGCACAGUCUUGGAAUACCAACAACUCGUGCACUUUGUCUUCUGACCACAGGAACAUUUGUUACCCGAGAUAUGUUUUAUGAUGGGAAUCCAAAAGAAGAGCCUGGUGCAAUUGUAUGCAGAGUGGCUCAAUCCUUUUUGCGUUUUGGAUCAUACCAAAUUCAUGCCUCCAGAGGGAAAGAUGAUUAUAAAAUUGUUGGGGCUUUAGCAGACUACGUGAUCCGUCACCAUUUUCCACACCUAGAGAAUAUGAGCAGCAGUCAGAGUUUAUCUUUUAGCACAGGCAAUACAGAUAGUUCAGUCGUUGAUCUCACUUCAAACAAGUAUGCAGCGUGGACUGUAGAGGUUGCUGAGCGAACUGCUUCCUUAAUAGCAAGUUGGCAGGGAGUUGGAUUCACACAUGGGGUACUCAACACUGACAAUAUGAGCAUCUUGGGUCUAACCAUUGAUUAUGGUCCCUUUGGAUUUUUGGAUGCUUUUGAUCCUAGUUUUACGCCUAAUACAACUGAUCUUCCGGGCAGAAGAUACUGUUUUGCAAAUCAGCCAGAUAUAGGUUUAUGGAAUAUAGCCCAGUUUGCCUCAACUCUUUCAGCUGCUGAAUUAAUUAAUGACAAAGAAGCAAACUAUGCCAUGGAAAGAUACGGAGACAAAUUUAUGGAUGACUAUCAAGCCAUAAUGACCAAGAAAAUUGGUCUGCCAAAGUACAACAAACAGUUAAUCAGCAAGCUUCUCAACAACAUGGCUGUUGAUAAGGUUGAUUAUACAAAUUUUUUUAGGUCACUUUCCAAUAUCAAAGCUGAUCCCAGCACUCCAGAGGAGGAACUGCUGGUCCCUCUGAAGGCAGUUCUGUUAGAUAUUGGCAAGGAGCGUAAGGAAGCUUGGGUUAGCUGGGUAAAGACCUACAUUGAGGAGCUGGCUGGAAGUGGCAUUUCAGAUGAGGAGCGGAAGGCCUCCAUGGAUGCAGUAAAUCCUAAAUAUGUUCUGAGGAACUACCUAUGCCAGACUGCCAUAGAUGCAGCUGAACAGGGUGAUUUUGGAGAGGUUCGUCGGCUGCUGAAGAUAAUGGAACGACCAUUUGAUGAGCAGCCCGGAAUGGAGAAAUAUGCACGGUUGCCCCCUGCGUGGGCUUAUCGACCGGGUGUUUGUAUGCUUUCUUGUUCUUCAUGAGUUGAUAUCUUGCUCUACUUACACAAAAAAAAAGCGAAAUUAUUUACUGAUAGAAUGUUUGCUAUGUAUAUAAUAUUGUCAAGUCAGUGUUAUGAUCUCGAACAAUAAUGUUCAGUUAUUACUUUUCUUUAUGGCAUGACCUGAAAUUUAGACAGUUAUCAUUUCCACUUCUACGUUAAUGUAUAUGCUUUUUUUGCACUUUCAUUAUUGAGAGAAAAAACAGUGACAGACUUGGAAA